AUGUUGCGCAAGCCAUAUAUGCGCAUUCCCUACACGGAUGUUCUAGCACCACCAACCGUGACCCCCAAGAGUGCGACUACAAUCGCUGGUGCAGUAUCAGCUCUAUCAGAGUUCUUCACGGCGCCUACUUCGAGGGGCAACCCGGCAUCUACUCUGGUACUCACCGGCGCCGGAGUUUCCGUGGCGAGUGGUCUAGCUGACUAUCGUGGGACCAAUGGCACAUAUCGGGUGAAUAAGACAUACCGCCCCAUCUAUUAUUCUGAGUUUAUACAAAACCACGAGGCACGAAAACGCUACUGGGCGAGGAGUUUCUUGGGAUGGACGACAUUACAUAAAGCCAAGCCUAAUGCUGGUCACUACGCCGUAAAGCAACUUGGAGAUCUCGGCUUUGUUCAACAAGUCAUCACGCAGAAUGUGGACUCAUUCCAUUCCAUAGCUCAUCCAAACAUUUCCACUAUUGAGCUACACGGGUAUCUGCGAGCACUGGUCUGUGUCUCUUGCCGCCACGAGCUCCCCAGGGAUGUCUUCCAGGACGAGCUUGCCAGAUUGAAUCCUGCAUGGGCUGCGUUUCUGCAGGAGAUUAUAGCGACUGGGGCCCUAGACACGGAGAAUCCCCAAGAACGCACGAAGCGAGGGAUGAGGACAAAUCCUGAUGGUGAUGUGGACGUGCCAGAUGCGCCUUACACCACCUUUCGAUAUCCAGCUUGUCCGCGAUGCCUUGCUCAUCCACCGGCAAAGGUCGAAGGUGGCAAAUCAACCGUCGAGGUUGACGCAGAUGGCGCUUGGAAACCAACCAGCAAUGCCGGUAUCCUCAAACCAGCCGUUGUCAUGUUCGGAGAAAGCAUCCCCACUCAAAUCAAGACGGAAGCGGAUCACGCAGUUGAAAGCGCCGAUAAGCUCCUCGUUUUGGGCACAUCCUUGGCGACCUACUCAGCAUGGCGCUUGGCCAAGAGGGCCAAGGAUCGGGGUAUACCGGUCGGAAUUGUCAAUCUGGGAGGAGUGAGGGGCGAAGAGGCUCUUUGUGCAGAUCUAGAUCCGCUGCAGAACGGUACACGAGGCUUCCGAGUCGAGAUGUCGACAGAUCUGCUGUUGCCAGAAGUUGUGAAAGAGCUGAAGCAAUCAUCGGAUUUCCACCAUGCUCACGAGAGCAUUCAUCACAAGGUCGAAGACCACGGCGCUUCUGUUUUCAAGGAUAUGAUGUCCUGA